CCGAACCCCAAGGAAUGUACCUCAAGCGCAAUCCAAGUUUAGACACCCAUGCAAGCUUUCGCCAGCAGCGUGUUGGAACGGCGUACCGACGCCGCUUUGACAACAUGGAAAUCAAAAACCGGUUAAACACACAACACCAAUACAGCCUCAUCAUCGGCUUUACAUAACUUCCAAAAUGCCAGUGUCACGAUCUCUCGCGGUUGUGUGAAGGAAAGCAAUAGUCCUGCAUAACUUGACUCAUCACAUGUUUCAUAUUUUGCUUUAAAAGACGCUGGACGUAUUCAUUAUGGUUCAUUGACCGUCGUUCUUUGCUGGUUAUCCAAGAUGAAGACUUCUGGCGCGAUCUUCACCUCUCUCCUAGUCCUUUCCCUAGCCUUCAAUGCUGCUGGACAUCCCAAUAAUCCAGGCCGGCUACAUCGCCGACAAGUCAUGCGAACGACAUCUAUACUGAAUGACCCUGCACCCCAACCAAAUCUGCCAACUGCCCAAGAAGCUCAAUCAGCAGCAGCAUCCGUUGGUUUAAACUUAACUGAUGUCCAGGCAGAUAUCUUGGUGGGAAUGAAGAAGAAGAAAGAGCUCUUUUUCUUUUCGUCAGGACUUUCUGCACUAGGUAUCACCGACGAUUUAGGCGACCAGUUCUAUUCUCAGGGACAGGAAGCUGAUUCUGCUGCCAUCGGCGAUCCCGGAACUGAGAAUUGGGUUCAAUCGUUUGCGGGAACCUCUGUUCAUGGCGUUUUCCUCCUUGCAUCGGAUACCCUUGAUAAUGUCAAUGAUACCCUGUCAGACCUCCUGUCGACUUUGGGAGAUUCCAUCGCUGAGCUACAUCGCGUUCAAGGUGAAGCUCGCCCUGGACCAGAGGAAGGCCACGAACAUUUCGGAUUCAUGGACGGGAUCAGCCAACCCGCAGUCAUAGGUUUUACACAAUCACCUCUACCAGGCCAGCUAGCUGUCGAUGCGGGGGAAAUUUUACUGGCCGAGGACGGUGAUAGUACUACUCGUCCGCCCUGGGCUAAGGACGGUUCGUUCCUGGUCUUCCGUCAGAUGGAGCAGCUGGUUCCAGAGUUCAACAAGUUCUUGUUGGACAACCCGAUUUCUGAGCCCGGUGUUCUCACUCCUGAAGAGGGAUCUGCCUUAUUAGGCGCACGCAUGAUGGGACGAUGGAAGAGUGGUGCUCCCGUCUACCUUGCACCCUUGUUCGACGAUCCUACGUUGGCGUCGGAUCCCAUGCAGAACAACAACUUCACCUACCACGAUGAUGAUGCAAGCUUUAACAACCAGACGCGCUGCCCGUUUGCCGCUCAUACUAGGAAGACACGCCCUCGCGGAGAUUUCACUCCGGAGGAAACAGCGCAUCACAUCAUUCGCGCUAGUAUUCCGUACGGACCCGAAGUAACUGAUAAUGAAGCAACGUCAAAUACCACCAGCGCUUCUUUGGAACGUGGUCUUGCCUUUGUCGCAUAUCAAUCUAACAUCGGUAACGGCUUCCGAUUUUUCCAACAGGUCUGGGUCAACAACGCAAGCUUCCGCGUCUCUGGUACCGGUGUGGAUCCUAUUAUUGGUUCUGCAGGAACCGACCCUUCAUCAAGAAGUCAUCCGAUUACUGGUCUAGAUCCAACAGACCCUAGCCGUGCUAUCACGUUGCAGAAUGACUUCGUUGUCUCGCGGGGAGGAGAGUACUUCUUCUCGCCCUCCAUCUCUGCUAUAUUGAAUACCAUUGCCGCCUAAUGUAGUUGUAGAUAGAGAUGUUGAAUUAAGAUUUAUUGCGAGCGCAGCGAGUAGAAUUGGCCGGCAUGUGAGGAACCCGUCCGGUGCGGUAUGCCAAAGAAGUGCAGAUGUUACGGUCCUCGAUAGCGUCGUUUCCGUUCUUUCGUCGAGUCGCAUCUCUUUCAUUUC